AGAGCGCCGAGCCCACGGGGCAUAGACAGCCUACCUGCGCAGCACGUCUCUGUCCUCAGCGCGUGACCCUCAGAAAGCUGGUGGGCCAGCGGGGAGCCCAACUCGUUUCUUUUCUUCUGUUUAAAUUAUAAGACCUUGAUUAUGAGUGAUCAAAUCAAAUUCAUUGUGGACAAUCUCAAUAAGGAGCCUUUUAAGAAGAGCUAUAAUUUAAUCACAUUUGAUUCCCUGGAGCCAAUGCAACUAUUACAAGUUCUCAAUGAUGUCCUGGCUGAGAUUGACCCAAAGCAAGUUGUUGAUAUCAGAGAGGAGAUGCCAGAGCAAACAGCCAAACGGAUGUUAAGCCUCCUUGGUAUCCUUAAAUACAAACCUCCAGGAAAUGCCACAGACAUGAGUACCUUUCGUCAGGGUCUGGUGAUUGGAAGUAAACCUGUAAUUUACCCUGUGCUCCACUGGCUUCUUCAGAGGACUAAUGAGCUGAAGAAAAGAGCAUAUUUAGCUCGUUUCUUAAUAAAACUGGAGGUACCAAGUGAGUUUCUUCAGGAUGAAACUGUGGCUGAUACCAAUAAACAGUAUGAAGAGUUGAUGGAAGCCUUUAAAACUUUGCAUAAAGAAUGUGAGCAGCUUAAGACAUCUGGAUUUUCCACAGCAGAAAUAAGAAGGGAUAUCAGUGCAAUGGAGGAAGAAAAGGAUCAGCUCAUUAAGAGAGUUGAACGUUUGAAGAAAAGGGUGGAGACAGUUCAGAAUCAUCAACGGAUGCUUAAAAUAGCAAGACAACUUCGAGUUGAAAAAGAGAGGGAAGAAUUUCUUGCACAACAGAAACAGGAACAAAAGAAUCAGCUAUUUCAUGCAGUGCAGAGACUGCAAAGAGUACAAAACCAGCUGAAAAGUAUGCGCCAUGCGGCAGCAGAUGCAAAGCCUGAAAGUUUAAUGAAGAGACUAGAGGAGGAGAUAAAGUUUAAUUCAUAUAUGGUAACUGAAAAAUUUCCUAAAGAAUUAGAGAACAAGAAAAAAGAAUUGCAUUUUUUACAAAAAGUGGUGUCAGAGCCUGCUAUGGGCCACUCUGAUCUUCUUGAACUUGAAUCUAAAAUAAAUGAAAUAAAUACACAGAUCAAUCAGCUGAUUGAAAAGAAAAUGUUGAGAAAUGAGCCAAUUGAAGGCAAACUCUCACUAUAUAGGCAACAGGCAUCCAUAAUUUCACGUAAAAAAGAAGCAAAAGCUGAGGAACUGCAGGAAACAAAGGAGAAGUUAGCCAGCCUAGAGCGGGAGGUGUCUGUGAAGACAAACCAGGCCCGGGAGUUUGAUGGCACUGAAGUUCUGAAGGGAGAUGAGUUCAAGCGAUAUGUCAGUAAACUUAGAAGCAAGAGUACUGUUUUCAAAAAGAAGCAUCAGAUAAUAGCUGAAUUUAAAGCUGAGUUCGGUCUCUUGCAGAGGACGGAAGAACUCCUUAAACAACGUCUUGAAAAUAUUCAGCAUCAACUGCAAACCAUUGAGGAGAAAAAGGGUAUAUCUGGAUAUAGUUACACCCAGGAAGAGCUGGAGAGAGUGUCUGCACUGAAGAGUGAGGUUGACGAAAUGAAAGGACGGACCCUGGAUGACAUGUCUGAAAUGGUAAGAAAACUGAAUUCACUGGUAUCUGAAAAGAAGUCAGCUCUAGCCCCAGUUAUAAAAGAGCUACGACAACUGCGUCAAAAAUGUCAAGAACUAACCCAGGAGUGUGAUGAAAAGAAAUCCCAGUAUGAUAGCUGUGCAGCAGGCCUCGAAAGCAAUCGGUCCAAAUUGGAACAGGAAGUCAGAGGACUCCGUGAAGAAUGUCUUCAAGAAGAAAGUAAAUACCAUUAUACAAAUUGUAUGAUUAAGAACCUGGAAGUACAACUUCAUCGCGCUGUUGAUGAGAUGAAGGCAUAUGUCUCUUCUGACCAACAAGAAAAAAGAAAGGCAAUUAGGGAACAGUAUACCAAAAAUAUUGCUGAACAAGAAAAUCUUGGAAAGAAACUUCGGGAGAAACAAAAAGCUGUACGAGAAAGUCACGGUCCAAAUAUGAAACAAGUGAAAAUGUGGCGUGAUUUUGAACAAUUGAUGGAAUGUAAGAAACAAUGUUUUCUGAAACAACAAAACCAAACUUCCAUCGGUCAGGUAAUUCAGGAGGGAGGAGAGGACCGGCUGAUACUCUGAAUUCAUGUGUCGACACUCGGGGUUUUAGCUGACACGACUUCUAUAAGCAUACUCCCGUGGUGUAUUUCUUUUCUUGAAAGUGGUUUGUGCAACAUUUUGCUUUCAGAUUAGCCAUUCCCUAUUAAGCUUUUUUGGAAAAUAAUGUUAAGACAACAACAGAUUUAGGUUUUAAAGUUUUUAAUAUGAAAAAAAGGCUUUUAUUUUUGCUUAGUUUAGACAUCAGGGGAGUCUUCUGAGUUUUAUGAGAUGGGAGAUGAAGUUUACUAUAUGUAAAUGUAAACAUAUGUCCAUUAAGAAACAUGUAGUUUUUUUUAAAUGUAGUAACCCAAUGGCUUAAUGUUUUUCUUAAUCUGUUUUUAACUUUAGAAGAAUCUUUUAGGAACUAAUAUCUCUUGUUUUGAAGAAACAUUUAUCUGAAGUUCAGCAAUUCCUACAGUUUCACUUCAGUUUCUUUUUCUUCUGUCAAAUUCAAGAAAAUUUAAUAUUUUGAAUAACAUUCGUAUUACUUAAAGGCAAUAAAACUUGGUGUACAUAUCAUGGCUAUUUAUUUAAAAAUUAAUAUAGUUGUGUCAAAAUUUAUUUUUUAAGUAACAGUUAUAGUAUGUAUUAAGUUUAAGGAUUAUCACUUAUUUUCAUCAAAAAUCUAAAAUAGUACUUAGGUCUUGGGAACUGUUAUUUUAAAUAUAAAAAAUGUCACAGAAUACAGAUGUUAUCAUGUGCUAAAAAGUUAGCACAGGAUUCCAAGUGAAAUUCUAGUCUCUGCUUCAUCUAGACAAGGUAUUUGAAGAUUCCUUUGAUUUUUGCUUAAAUAAAGAUAUUAAAUUUAUAUGC